CAAACGUCAAUGAUAAGUUUACUCACUGUUCCUAGAAAUCAUCUCAUCAGCAAACAAAAUACAAGUUGUUUUUAUUUUAGAGCUAAUUAAAUGCUAAAAUGAAUCGUACUGAAGGAUUGGUACAACGAAGGAACGUUGUAAAGGAAAAUAAUUCGGACGGAAACAGGGAAAAUCACGAUGUGGACGAUAAGAAAAACGAUAAAAAUUAUGAUGACGGCGAUUCAAAGGAAACUCGACUAACGCUGAUGGAAGAAGUAUUAUUACUAGGAUUAAAGGACAAAGAAGGUUACACAUCAUUUUGGAACGACUGCAUUUCGAGUGGUCUAAGAGGAUGCAUCCUGAUCGAAUUGGGUUUAAGGGGUCGUGUAGAAUUGGAACGAGCAGGCAUGAGAAGGAAGGGAUUGUUGUCUAGAAAGGUUAUUGUUAAAUCAGAUAAUCCAACAGGGGAUGUAUUAUUAGACGAAGCUUUGAAACACAUGAAAGAAACUGAUCCCCCAGAGACUGUACAGAGCUGGAUAGAAUAUCUUAGUGGUGAAACAUGGAAUCCAAUGAAAUUAAAAUAUCAAUUGAAAAAUGUGCGUGAAAGGCUGGCUAAAAACCUUGUUGAGAAAGGUGUACUAACUACAGAAAAACAGAAUUUCCUAUUGUUUGAUAUGACAACCCACCCACUUACUGAUAAUAUUGUAAAAUGCCGCUUAGUGAAAAAGGUCCAAGAAGCGGCGCUUCGUCGGUCUAUCGUUGAUGUCGCACACGCUGAUAAGCGAUCAUUGGCCCUACUAAUGCUCGCUCACUCGGCAGAUGUGCUUGAGAACGCUUUCGCUCCGCUCUCUGACGAGGAUUACGAGCUAGCGACGAGACGCGUUCGUUCUCUCCUCGAUCUCGACUUCGAGGCCGAGGCCAUGCGACCUGAUGCCUGUGAAAUCAUGUGGGCUGUGUUCGCGGCGUUCACUAAAUAGCAUCAAAUUUCCGUCUAAGCCACUAACAUCUGCGAGAAUAAUUUGAAAGGUAAACAUUAUUCCAAGUGGCUAGAAAUAUCAAAAUGUGUGAAUCGUGUGCAAUGAAAGAAACAAUUUACGGUAUAUAAAUUAGUAUAAAUAGAUACACUUGUACAGAAACUUGAUUGACUUUUUGUGAUCAGUAUUAGGCUUAGAUCAGGUGUCUGAUGAGGACCGUCAGAUUUAUACAUGUUGUGUAACGAAAAUGGAAAAUUAACAAUAAAUAAAAAGCAAAUUGAUAUUUAUAACCUAAUCUAUAAACUGGUUCCGAUUUUUUUUUGUACGCAAAUUCUAAACUAAACUCAAAAGGCACGACAUAAACGAUUGCUAUCUCAUCUUCCUCUACCCUCUACACAUGAAAUAAAAUAGGAUAGAAUGAUUUUUCAGUACUGACAAUAUAGUUUAUUUUAGAGAAUGUGUACAAGGAGAUCAGUACAACUAACUGAUAUCAGUAGAUUUAAUAAAACUGGCACAAAAGAUGAGGAAGUUUGACACUAACAGUCUAGUGAGUGUUCGGUGCAUUGAAAUUUAGCAAUAACUUAUACGAGAUUCAACAUAAUUCGGAUUUUGCAAAUUAAUGUAUUAUUAAUUAUGUUUAUAGGCUCAUAAUAUUUAUAUCAUAAAACACUUAACGUCUAGUAUACAUAUUUAUAUAUAUAUAUGUGUGUGUGUGUGUGUGUGUGUGUGUGUAAUUUUUGUUGUUAAAAAGGUUAAAAAAUUGUGAUUUGCGUUUAUUGUGUUAUUGCAUUAUUACAUAAUGAUGAAAUUUUAUAUGUGUAUAAUAUUAGAAUAGUUUUAAAUUUAGCUGAUAAUUUCUUAUUAUUGAUUUAUUAGAAAUAAGUAUUUAGAACUUCAACAGUAACCGCUUGAAAAUUUUAUAAUGUAAAAAAAUUGUUUUGCAUUGUGAAAAUAUGAAAAAAAAAGUCUAACAAGGCUUUCUAAAAACCAUAUACAUAAAUAAUUCAUUGCAAUAGCUUUAAAAUAAAAUAAAUUGCAAUUUUUCACA